UAGAAUGUCUAGAGUGCAAAAAGACAGAUUGCUCAAAUUAGGAUUGAAGGAGAAAAAGCUAAUUCGUUUAUUAUAUCACAAGGAUCUAAGUGAGGAGGAUACGAUAUUUUUAAACACAAUUUACGAAGAAAAGUAAGAACAAUUCCAAAUACAUAUUCAGACAAUACUUGCACUUUACGUAUGCGCUUGCACUGCCCUGCAUGAUAGCUUUAAGCACUAAUUACGCGUUGUUUAGAUAGAACUCCAAAUGGAUGCAGGUGGGUUAUGUGGCAGUAAUUGGACUAUCGACACAUUUGUACUGCAAUUCGAAAGUCAACAAUCGAUUUUAUAAUUUAACCCAGCCUUUUUUCAAGAAAUAUGAAAUAAAUUGAGUUAGCUUAUAAUCUUGUAGUUUAUAAUAA